GGAGUGGGCUGGGUCCCCCCUGCGCGCCCUCGGUGGGGCCCAUUAGCGCGGCACCCGCGCAGCGCAGGCUCCUCUGGGUCCCCUCCGACCUGCGGACGCUCAGAGCGUCCCUGCCGCCUGCUGUGGGCUCCACUCUCUUCCAGCCCUGCGCGCUGCCCGCCGCAGGGACAGGAUGGGCACGGGGGAAUUCAUCUGCGUUUCCAUGAGCGGAGGGGCGCCCUGGGGCUUCAGACUGCAAGGCGGCAGGGAGCAGAAGCAGCCCCUGCGGGUGGCCAAGAUCCGAAGCCAGAGCAAAGCAUCAGGGGCCGGGCUGCGCGAGGGCGAUGAAGUGGUCUCCAUCAACGGGCACCCCUGCGCGGGCCUCUCCCACCCCCAGGUGGUCGAGCUCAUGGAGAGCGUCUCGGACUCGCUGCACCUGCUGGUCAAACGAGCUGCCAGUGGGGUAACCGAGACUCUGAUCCCUGAAACUGAGGCCAGAACCCAGCAGCACCCCCCUCAGGAGGGGCACGUGGAAAGCACCACCCUGCAGAUCCGGCCGGCCCCACCGGGCCAGGACAGGGAGCCCUGCAUUGUCCCCGUUGAGAGUGGAGCCCGCCUCGCCGAGGACCAAGGAAGCAAAAAAGAAGAAAGUGGCCUGAGCCGCCCUGUGUCUCCCCGAGUACCUGCCGCCCCGGAAGGACACCCCGAGGAGGAGCCGGCCUGGCCGGGCCCUGUGCUGGAGCUGCAGCUGUCCCUGUCACGGGAGGGGCCCUCGGGCACGGGCGUCCCCGUGGUGGCUCUCCUGGGGGCUGAAACGUCUCAGCGUCCUGACCCAGACCCUGACUUAGACUGUGGCGGGGUCGCCCACAUAAACUCAGUCCCCUCCAGCGAGAAGGGGGCCCCUCCUCUGAGGUCCAGCAAGAUCGUCCAGAUCCGCAGCAGCCAGGAGCUGCGAGUGACCCCUGGGAGGGAGGCGGGGGCCGCGGGGCCUCCCCGAGUGGAAGUGAUCUUGGACUGCGCUGACAGGCAGCAGACGGAAGGGUGCAGGCUGCCGGCAGCAGCAGGGGGUGUGGACUCCCCGGGGGGAGGGGGGCGGUCGGAAGCACCUCCUUCUCUGGUGGCCUUGGCCAUCUCGUCAGAGGAGCCGGGGGCAGAGCCGCGCUGCGGCAGGGACCACAGCCGACCGCACAAGCACAGAGCGCGCCACGCACGGCUCCGGAGGAGUGAGAGCCUGUCCGAGAAGCAGGCCAAGGAGGCCCGGUCCCGAUGCCGAAGCAUCGCGCUGCUGCUGACGGCCCCGCCCAGCCCCCACUCCAGGGGCGUGCUGAUGUUUAAGAAGCUGCGGCGGCGGGCCAGGAAGUUCACGCUCGUCAGCUACGGGACGGGGGAGCUCCAGAGGCAGGAGGAGGCGGGGGACCCGGAGGACGGACACAGCGACAGCCCUUUCGAGGAGGCUCUGCUGGGCGCCAGCGAGUCCGACGGGGACGAGGAGCUGCUGUCCGACAGUGACCACAGAGCCCACGUGGUGACUUUGGACUGGGGUUCCACCCUUGGGGACGCUGAGAAGAAACUGACCCGCCAGGACAAGAUGGAGAUGCUGCCUGACACCUCCGGCAAGGGAGCCCUCAUGUUCGCCAAGAGGAGGGAGAGGAUGGACCAGAUCGCGGCCCAGAAGGAGGACGCAGGGGGCAUGGGGAUGCAGACAGACGGCCCGAGCGCCGGGACGCCCCACCUGCGGACAGAGGCAGCAGCCGUGACCCCGCAGAGCUACGUGAGCGGGAGCUACAUCGAGGUGAGCCCCGGCCCUGGCCACGCACCCCAGCACAACGGCUUCGGGGCGGCGCCCUACCUUGAGGAGACCCCGAGGGUGGCCCCCACCAACAGGACGGCCAGGCCCUUCCCGGGGUCCACGGUCCAGCCCGCAGCCGCCUUCGCCCCGCCCCGCAGCUGGACGAGCCCCGCGGCCGACUUCCCCGCACCCCCACCCUACUCUGCAGUCACGCCGCCCCCGGGAGCCCUGGCCCACGCAGUGAGCAGCCCCACCGCGGGCCCCGCACAGCCCCCACCCUGGCCGCAGCCUGCACCCUGGUUCCCCGAGUGCAUAGCAUCCCGGGACGAGAGGAUCGCCGUGCCCGCCAAGAGGACGGGCAUCCUGCAGGAGGCCAAGCGCAGGGGCACCACCAAGCCCAUGUUCACGUUCAAGGAGCCCAAGGUCAGCCCGAACCCGGAACUCCUGUCGCUCCUCCAAAACUCCGAAGGCAAGCGCGGCACCGGGGCUGGGGGUGACUCCGGCCCCGAGGAAGACUACCUCAGCUUGGGGGCGGAGGCCUGCAAUUUCUUGCAGGGCCCCUCCGCCAAGCAGAAGACACCCCCGCCUGUGGCUCCGAAACCAGCAGUCAAGUCCUCCUCCUCCCAGCCGGUGACGCCAGUGACUCCUGUGUCUCCAGUCUGGUCGCCAGGCUUGGCUCCAGCCCACCCUCCUGCCUUCCCCAUGGCCACCCAGUCACAGGGCACCAUUGCAUCAUCCAUCAAAAUAGCCCAGCCAUCCUACCCUCCGGCCCGGCCCGCCAGUGCCCUCAGCCUGGCCGGUCCCUUCAGGGGACCCCCAGCAGCCGUGGCCAGUGUGAACUACACUGCCAACACAGCCAAGCCAGCAACCCCCGCGCCUGCAGGGGGCACCGGGCAGGUGGCUGCAGUGGGGCCACCCAGCGAGCUUCCCGGAAUGCAGGGCAAAGGGGCCCAGCUCUUUGCUAAAAGGCAGUCUAGGAUGGAGAAGUACGUGGUGGAUUCAGACACCGUGCAGGCCCACGCGGCCCGCGCUCAGUCCCCGACCCCGUCCCUCCCGGCCGGCUGGAAGUACUCCUCCAACAUCCGAGCGCCACCUCCUGUGGCCUACAACCCCAUCCACUCACCCUCCUACCCCCCGGCCGCUAUCAAGUCCCAGCCGUCGGCCCCGCAGGCCUCCAAACCCAGCAAGAAAAAGGGCAAGAAACCCCUCAAUGCUCUGGAUGUCAUGAAGCACCAGCCGUACCAGCUAAAUGCAUCCUUGUUCACGUUCCAGCCUCCAGAUGCAAAGGCUGCCCUCCCACAAAGGCCGUCCACCAAAGUCAACUCAGUGCCCGCCAUGCAGCAGGCGCUGCCGCCCCUGGCAGUCAGCGCCAGCUCGCCCGCCAGCAGGAAGGCCUCGUCCGUGUGCUCGGUGCCGGCCCGAAGCCCCCAGCCGGCCUUCUUCCCGGAGGCCGCCUCGCCCGCCAGCGCGUCCCCGGUGCCGGGGGGUGUCCCCAGCUCUCCGAAGCAAGAGUCGGCCUCCGCAGUGUCUUUUCUGGCACCGAGGCCCAAGUUCUCGGCCAGGAAGAGCGGAGUCGCAGCGCAGGAGAGUGGGCACUCCCUGUCUCUUCCUGGAAGACCAGCCCCGCCCACCGCCUCCACAACGCCCCCGUGGGCGCACUGGCCUGCUGGCAUCUGCCGUCCCCAUCCCAGCGAGGGGCUAGAGAGAGCACGCAGCGGGCUGGCUCCUUGGGAAGCAGCGGCCCAGGUUCCCCUUGGCCUCGCCGAGGACGCCUUUGAACCCAGGGACAUCCGGGAGUCCAUCGCAGCAAACGUGGUCUCGGCAGCGCGGAGGAAGGUGCUUCCAGGGCCCUCGGAGGAUUGGAACGACCGGCUGCCCCGAGUCCUUCGGGCCCCGGGGGCCAGCACGGGCUCCCUGGGGAGGCGAGAGUGGGGUGCUGCACCCCUACCCGGGCACCGAGUGCCCCCCGGCUCCCAGUGGUCCUCUGCGUGUUCCUGGCAGCUGUCCAGAACCGGGUCUGAGAUGAUGUCCCUGGAGACCAGGUCCGAUUACGGUCUCUCAGUGGCCGGUGGCAACUAUAACCCACAGCCCAGGGGGUGGAGACGCCAGACGUGAAAGGUAGCAGAGCCGACCGUGUGCCCUGUAACGGUGAACGUUGGAAACAGUAAAUGUUCAAAACGCCCCUCUGCGGAGUUCUGACGUCUUCAGCGGUUUUGCAUUCACUUGGGUCUCUGCUCACUCUCAGAAGCCACUUUCCUGAGUGUUUAUCAGUCCACACACACACACACACACACACGAGUGCGGGUCAUUUCCCCGUUUGCUGACGCACAGAGAACUUCUCGGAAGAAAACAGUGCAUUUUCUGUGUUGAUAUGUUGGCCCUUGUAUCUAAUUCAUAAUCUUAAUUCCACUCAUUCCACGGUGUGGGGUUGCCCAGGCAGUAACCCUGCUCGGUUAAAACGAAACUCAGUGUUUUCUCCCGUGUGUCUCGGUCCAGGAAGGAAUUGAAACGUGAUGCACUGACGGCCAUUAGCAAGUCACAUGGAGGGAUAGGACGUUGGGAAGUCAUCGCUGGGAGUGGGCCGGUGAAUAAUAAUUACAUGUAAAAACAGAUUUCCGUGAUGUCACUUUAAGCAGUUGUCAGACAUUUGAAAAAUCUAAUACAAUUCAACAUUUUUUAUAGAGUUGAGAUACAGGCAUUCUCAGAAAGAAAUAUCUGAGAGCAAGAGAAUCAAACGUUUCAAAAGGCCUUUUGAGGUAAAUGGUAGAAUGUGUGGGGCAUGGAAGGAUUCAGGUGUAGGGUUUAUUUUAAUCUCUUUCAAGCCAGCGGCCUGAGAUGGGCAGACUCGGGGGUCGGUUGCCCAUCCUUGUUGCUCAGCACUGCAGCUUGGGACCAGGUGAGGAGGGCGCCGACGCUAUGCAGGUCACCGAAGGUCCUCGAGGGAUCACUGGGCUGCAGGUUUUGUGCUGCGUACCCCACGGACAGGGGUUGACGUGAAUAACCAGCUGUCAGUGGGUUUAAGGAAGUGGUAGAUGGAUGUGUCUGUCGUUACGCGAUUGGAGGUCGGGGCCGUUUAUUUAGUCAUAGAAAACACGCCACAGCAGCCUAUGCAACCAGGGGCGUUUCUUCAGAAAGCCGUCACCGGGCUGCCCGAGGAGGCCACGCAGCUGCUCCUCCACCCGCGUGGGCGCCAGGCCGGUGACCGCCAAGAGGCAGGCCGUCCCGCGCCCACUCCCGCCUGCGCGUCCCACCGAGCUCUGCCCCCUGGACACAGCCCGCGUGCUUCACCUCAGAAGCCAGUACUGGGAGUGCUUUAAAAUACAAGAUGGCUUGGGGACUGAAAAUCCCCUUAGGGUUUUGAAAGGCAUUACUUUUGCUUUGUUUUACUCUUUAACUCUUGCACUUGAUCAUUAUGAUGCUGUCUUUCACUGAAAAAACUUUGAAACUGUUUCCCCUGAGCACAAGCAAUCCCUUAGCUUAGAAGUGAAAGCACACAGAUGGGAAGUGGUCACAGCCAGCGCCAGCACAACGGACCAAGUGGACACCAGUUUACGUAAGUUCGGCAGAGAAGAUGACGCUUUCUUGGGGCGCGGAGUUAAGUCACCGUGAGCCGACCCAGUGUUCGGGCUCUCAGAGGGCGCGGAGUGGUCCCGAAGAGUUUCCGUGGGGUGUGGAGAAGUAACGCCCGAUGUGCUGGUGAGUCUGUCAGCGGAUUCUCAGGAACUCCCACGUGAGACACUCACUGGCGUCUCGUGGGACGCCAUCGUGGUCCAGUGUUCCCGACGCGAGUGUGUUCAGCCGUGGCCGACUUGGCAGAAAAGACUUGGCCUGACAGGAUGGGAUUAUGUUUUGUCGCCUGCGUGCUCUUUGGCGGGGACGCCCGUUGCUCCUGGGACCUGGCGCGGGCCAGCCCCAGGUGCGCUGUGCACCGCCGUGCUUACUGCCGCUGCCGCGGGACUCGAGACACAGAGGAGCAGCCGUCUGCAGCCAGCAGGGUCGUUCUGAGACAGCCGCCCCCCUCCCGCGCUCUCACUGUCCUGGGUCACACUCGGGAGGGAAUGGCCGUCUCAGGGGUUUUUCAGAGAUCCGUGUUUCAGGUCGCAGUUUGCCGACACGGCUCUGAAAGGCAAGACGUUGUUGUCAAACCGUCACACCAUGCGUCAUUGGUCUGUACUGCAGGCCGGUCGGAUUGCUUCCGUUCAAGCCACCCCGGGGCCAGGCACCCACGAGAGGACACAACCCCCUGCCCGUCCGGUCAGAACAGCCCUCCACAGGGGAGCUGGGGCUCGUCACUCAGGCCACACUCCCAGAGACCGCCCCUCGCUGUCCCAGCCCUGCAGGUGGCCGGAGGCCCUGCGUUGUCACCACGAGUCGGGGAGCCCUGACAGAGCGUGGCCGAGGGCCGCUCCUUCAGCACUUUCCUCGCUCCUGGGUUUAAACAGCCUAUCGGUGCAUGCGUGGGACGUGUUUGCUGGUAACGUGGUUUAAUUGCUGUCAAGUGCUUUGAGCUUCCUAAACUCGGGAUUAUAGUUCCUUCUCUCUCAAUAAGCCUCUUUCACAUUAGGCCCAUAACUCGAGCGGGAAAGGGCCACACCCUGUGGGGUCCCAGGCAGGUACGUAUGUACCGAUGCAUUGAAACUCCGGGCAAAACUCAGUGUAUCCAGUAGGCUCAGCUAUUGUAACCAGAGAGGAAUGGUAGGAAUGUUUCUUUUUUAAGAGGAAGUAGACUUUCACACUGAAUUUCUAGUCACAGUAGAAGUGUCCACACUGUCCACAUUUUUUCACUAGAAAAACAGUUUUCCUGCUCAUUGUAUUGACAUUUCCACCCAUGUUCACCCCAAAUCCUGUACUGCAAAGACGCACACUGAAAUUCAGAAUCACAUAAUAAAAGGUGACUUGAAAAUCA